GUGUUGUGAUCUUGUGAUCAUGGAAUACGUUACUACAAAGCAACACUGAUAAAACUAUUUUGAUAUUGCACAAAGAAGGUUUAUAGGUUUAACGCCACUUGGCAACAGCAAGAGAUAUUCAUUCGUCCUGAAUGAAAGUCAUUGAUUGCAAUAAACACAUUGGUGAAAUUCCGUGGCCAAAUAUCACGGUUGUUUUGAGUCUCAUAUAAUAGCAAGGACACCUUGGAACAGCGUAGGACUGCAUUGGACGAUCGCGGACCAAAUAGCCGCCAAGACGGAGCCUAGUACGAUUGUGUCUUUCAUUCUCGGCGUCGUGUAACGAAGAGGAGAGUGGAUUUGUGAGAUCUUGCCAUGGAAUUGCUGCUGAGACCGCGGUAUCUCUUGCUGGCUUUGUUCACGAUAGUGGCGUUAACAUCAGACACACACGCCCAGGGCGGGUUCUGCAUUAGUAACCUUAACCCUCUCAUUUGCGCCGGAACUACAACCAGAUGCUGUUACUGGACGAUCACCAGUGGAUCAUGCUGUAAUAACGCAGAUUAUUCCGCCACCAGCUCGCGGCGUGUCCUCGGCUACACUUCCCUUUACGCGUAUACUUCCUGCUACGACUUGACAAGCACCAAAAAUUGUCACAGAAGCACCGAUUCGCGAUGUUGCUUUACGGCCCACGGAGCGUCGUCGUCGUGCUGCGAUUAUACCGCGUCGAAGCACACGUCGAGUCAAUACAGAUUGACGGACCUCGGACCAAACAGCGCCUACAUAGGAGCGAUCGCUGGCGGUGCGGUUGGAGCGGUCAUCUUCCUCAUCCUCAUCAUCCUCAUCCCGGUUUGUGCCUGUGCAGUAUGCUCGGCCAAGAAACAGGCCGCAAUGGCCAACAGAGGAACAGUUGGAGUGGCUGCCGUGUCCUACAAUCAACCUAACCAAGGCUACAGGAACAUGGGACAUAAUCAAGUAGCUCCUCAACAGGGCUACGGCCAGCAGGGACCUCCGCCGGGAUACACCCAACAGGCACCACCCGGCCAGAUGUACCCACCAGCUCAGCAAUACACACCUCCUCAAAACCCAGCCUACCCUCCAAGUUAAAGGCUUUUGCCGUCAGUUAGUAGCCAAGAAAAUGACACACGCUACUGGCCUGCCAUUUUUAGCAGAUUUACGAUGACUGAAACAGUACACCUACAUUGUUGUCUUCUCAUAUCUAUUGUGUGAUAUGAAUAAAGACUAGCAAAUGCUUUUCUCUGAAACUCCAUGUACAUUUACACUAGGCCUUUCUGUACAAAAUUGAAGUAAAAGCAUUUGCUAGUCUUUAUUCAUAUCACCCAUUAUAUGACAAACCCGGCCCACUGCAAUUCAGUGAUCGGGAAAACUGAUACAUAUUGUAAUGCAUGCAUGUAGCAUGCAUCAUGAUCGACUGCGGGUGUGGCCUGGCGUUAGAAAUAGGAAACAGUAUAGUUGCACCAACAGUGAAUAUGUGAGAACGAACGGUGCAACCCUUUAAGAGUUCAACCAAUGACUCAAUUCGACUUAAUGGUUUAUCAGCGGACUGUACAAGCAUGAAGAACGGCUAUGGCUGUAUGGACUGGCGAGAUGUACAGUGAGAUGGCAAGAUACACCUAUUGGAGAUUUUAUGUACUCAACCUGAUUCUCACCUUGUCUUGUGUAGUGUAGAAGAGUAGAAAAUAUUAUCGAUUUCACUAAAAUUCAGUGGGACAUUUUGUCUCAGUAAGUUUUUUCUUUUAAGGCGUGGAGCACAUUGGAGCACCUUAAAGCACCUUAGAGACUUUCAGAUCGUUUUAAGUGUCAUUGAUCUCCUUUUCAUUAAUUUGGCACGAUAAAUAUUCCUAUAUGGGCCUACUAUAAAUAUGUUAUAUAGUACCAAAUCAUUUACUCGUAAAUAAUUAUUUCGUAUACUGUGUAUUUUAUUCUAUUUUUUUGUUGGGGGGAGGCGUUGUCGGAACACCCCCGUUGCUGUGAUAGAUACAUCAACAUGUUUAAAGAGACAGAAUAUUUAAGGAAUUUAAAAAAAUAAACUUGCAUUCUGUCACAUGAAUUCUGUGAUAUGUUCAGCUAUGUCUUAA